AUGGCUAACGUGAUCUGGCUGACGGUGAACGAGAGCAGCCCUGGCAGCCUCCUCCUGCAGCUGUGUGAGCUGCUGGCCACCACGCCCCUCCAGGGGCUGGUGUUUGAGGAGGAGAAGCCCCCACCACCCAACAGGGCCCCGCUGGCCCCCAUGCUGGAGUUUGUGUCGGCCCAGACAGGGGUGCCUGUGGUGGCCGUGGGAGGCGGGGCCGGCCUGGGCAGAGAACAACAGGAGACCGGCUCCAUCUAUCUCCAGUUCAGCUGCUCCACAGCCCUGCAAUUGGAGGUAAUCUUUGAGGUUCUGGAAGAGUACGACUGGACCUCUUUCGCCGUGGUAACCACCCGUCACCACGGCUAUGAGGAAUUCCUAUCUAUGGUGGAGGGCAUGACGGACGGCUCGUUCAUUGGUUGGGAGAAGAAGGGCGUUGUGAUGCUCAACGUGACGGACGACCCCGCGGGGGCUCGAACACGCCGCUUGCUGAAGGACAACGAGGCUCAGGUGCGCCUGCUGUACUGCUCUCAGGAAGAGGCUGAGUUGAUCUUCAAAGCAGCCUGGGCCGCGGGCCAGGCUGGGCCCUCACACAUGUGGUUCGCUGUGGGGCCGGCGCUGUCCGGCCUGAGCCUUGAGGGCUUGCCCAAGGCCCUGUUCUCCAUCCGGCCGCAGGGCUGGAGGGACGAGCCGCCCCGGAGGAUAGCUAAGGGGGUGUCCGUUCUGACCCACGGGGCCUUGGCUCUAAGGAAGGACUACGGUGCAUCCAGAGGGCCACACUACGCGGGGAACUGCCAGACAGACGGCAACCAGACGCAGAGAGUGCCAGACAGGAUCAGAUACUUCAGUAACAUAACUAUUGGUGGACGGGACUACUCGUUCAACAGUGAUGGCUACCUGGCCAAUCCACUACUAGAAGUAAUCUCUUACUCCCAGGGGAGGGGCUGGGAGGAGGUGGCAUGGUGGGAGAACGGCGUGAUGAGAUGGCGCUACACCCCCACCUCUCGCUACGGCGCCUUCCUCAAGCCGCUGGAUGACGCCCAGCAUCUCCAUGUGGUCACUCUGGAGGAGCGACCCUUCGUCAUCGUGGAGCCCGCCGACCCCGGCACCGGCUCCUGCAUUCGCGACUCUGUUCCCUGUCGCCUGCCCCUCAACACCAGUGCGGUAGCAGAGGGUAUUUCCCCUAUGAAGAAUUGCUGCAAAGGAUUUUGCAUUGACGUCCUCAAGCGAUUGGCCAAAAUCGUGAGCUUCAGCUAUGACCUCUAUCUGGUGACCAAUGGCAGACACGGGAAGAACAUUGAUGGGGAGUGGAACGGCAUGGUCGGGGAGGUGGUGUCCAGCCGGGCUGACAUGGCCAUUGGCUCCCUUACCAUCAACGAGGAGCGCUCGUCCGUCGUAGAGUUCUCAGUGCCAUUCGUGGAGACCGGCAUCAGCGUCAUGGUUGCACGAAGCAAUGGCACGGUGUCACCAUCCGCUUUCCUUGAGCCCUACAGCCCAGCGGUCUGGGUGAUGAUGUUCGUCAUGUGCCUGUCGGUGGUCGCCGUCACCGUCUUCGUCUUUGAGUUUUUCAGCCCCGUGGGCUACAACCGCAGUCUCCAGAAUGCCAAGAAGACCGGAGGUUCUAAGUUCACCAUUGGAAAGUCCAUCUGGCUGCUGUGGGCCUUGGUCUUCAACAACUCGGUUCCUGUGGAGAACCCUCGAGGAACCACCAGUAAGAUCAUGGUGCUGGUGUGGGCCUUCUUCGCUGUCAUCUUCCUGGCCUCCUACACUGCCAACCUGGCUGCCUUCAUGAUCCAGGAGGAGUACAUAGACACUGUGUCUGGACUCUCCGACAAGAAGUUCCAGCAGCCUACAGAGCAGUACCCUCCCCUGCGCUUCGGCACCGUGCCCAAUGGGAGCACGGAGGAGAACAUCCGCUCCAACUAUCCCAACAUGCACCAGUUCAUGAUCCGCAACAACCAGAAGGGAGUGGAGGAAGCCAUUGACAACCUCAAGACAGGUAAACUGGACGCGUUCAUCUAUGACGCGGCCGUGCUGAAUUACAUGGCCAGGAAGGACGAGGGCUGUAAGGUGAUGACCAUUGGCUCCGGCAUGGUGUUUGCCACCACGGGGUACGGCAUCGCUCUGCACAAGAACUCCCGCUGGAAACGCCCUCUCGACCUGGCACUGCUACAGCUGGUGGGAGACGACGAGAUUGACAUGCUGGAGCGCCUGUGGCUGUCAGGUAUCUGUCACAACGACAAGAUCGAGGUGAUGAGCUCUAAGCUGGACAUCGACAACAUGGCGGGGGUCUUCUACAUGUUGCUGGUGGCCAUGGGCCUCAGCCUGCUGGUGUUCGCCUGGGAGCACCUGGUCUACUGGAAGCUACGCCACUGCCUGGCCCAGUCCGGCGGGAUGGACUUCCUCCUCGCAAUCAGCAGGGGUAUGUACAGCUGCUGCAGGUUUGAGGACGAGACCUCCUCUGGGGGCAUGAAGUCCACCCUCCCCCAGUACCACAGCGUGCCCUGCGCCAUGCCCCCCCCGCCCCCGCCAUACAUCAUCUCCUCCGCCGUCACCAACACAACCAUCGCCAUGGUUCAGCAGCAGCACCUGCAGCAGCAGCAGCAGCAGGCCUACACCAGCCUUCUCCCUGGAUCUCCUCCCCACGCAGGGCAUUCAGCCAUGGCCUUGGGGCCCUCCAACAGCCCCUUACUGGAGGGCCCCAUGCCCUGCUCCACCUUCCUACCCCGGCACGACCGCAGGCUGGCUGUGGUGGAGCGCUGGAACAGGCCCCCCAAGCCUGGUACGGAAAAGUCUAUGGGCGGAGGUGGGGGGCACUCAGACCAGGGGCCUUACCCCCAGGGCAUGCCCCCUCUUUGGGCUGGGGGUGCCAGCGGAGGUGGGGGCGGGGAUGGAGGUCUGGAUGAAUAUAAGCGCUACUACGGUCCCAUCGACCCUGAGGGUCUGGGGGCCAACACUGACCCCCAGACCGGGGGGUCCCAGACCCCCAAGAUGAACCCAAGGGGAAACAAGCCCCCUGGGAUGCAAAGGCUGCCCCCAAAAGGCUUAGGUCCUCCUGGACACCUGCUUUCCAAACUCCCCCUAGCACUGCCCUCCUCCCCCCGCCGGCCCUCCUUCUGGCGGAGGGGCAGUCUCCCCAGGAGGAAGAGUUCCGGGGGGCCUCUAUACGAGAACAUCCUUCCCCUCGGAAGACGAGGCGGAGGGGGACGCUAUGGAUCCAGGGACGGGGGCAACAGACGAGGGCGCCGCCCUCCCCCUCUCCCCUUACCCGUCCCUGUCUCCUCCCCCGCACACACCCCGACCACCCCCACCACCCCCUCCCGCCUGUACACCUCCUCAUCCUCCUCCUCAUCCUCCAGCUCGUCCUCCUCCUCGUCCUCCUCCUCCGACUCCCUCUCCCGCUCCAACUCCCCGUCUCCCUCCUCCUGCUCCAGCGCCACUUACUCCUCGUCUCAGAGUUUCCGGUACCGGCCCGGGGACCGGGGGCCGGGCGAAGACUUAGACUCGGACCAGCUCACAGAGGAGUCUAGCCUGCUGCUGGGACGCAGGAAGGGAGGACGACGCUCCCGCUCUCGCAUGUCGUCGCGCUCGCUCCCCUGCAGCCCCCCGCCCCCUCCCGUCCCGCCGCGCAAGCCCCGCCUCCAGCGGGAUUACAUUAGGGAACGGGCGGGGAGCCAGCUGGCCCAGCUGCAGGAGUGGUGGGCCUCCUGGGGGGAGAGAGAGCGAGCGAGGGGAACCGAGAGGAGCCGGGGCGAGGGGAGGGAGGAGAAGAGGCACCACAAGGAGAGGGAGAGGGAGCGGAAGAGGAGGAAGAAGGGCCGGAAGCAGAAGAAGCGGGAGGAGAGGGAGCGAGAGAGGGAGCGCAAGCGGCGCAAAGGGAAGAAGAAGAGGAAAAAAGAGGACAAGGCGAGGAGGAGGGAGAAGGGGAGGAGGUCGGAGCAGGAGGAGGGGGACGGAGAGAAGGUCCAGGAGCUGAAGGCAAUAACACAGGAUUAUUCCUCCUAUCCCGGGAUGAGGAGAGAGUCGUACAGGAAGAAGAGCGAGAGCUCCACCCGGAGCUGUGGCUGGGACGUCCCCCGGGAGGAGGACAAGGAGAGGGACGAGGGGGAGGACGGCAGAGGGAAGGAGCGUCACCAUGGGAGACGUCCCAGUAAGAGCUACCACACCCCCAGUAAACCCCCCAGCUCUGUCAAGUUCUGGAGGGGAGGCAACCCGUCCUCCGACACACCUCCCUCCGCCUUCCUCCCCCUCCUUCCCCUCUCCUCCAAACGGAGGAAGAGUAAGGGCUCAGACAGGGAGGCGCUGGGGAGGGAGGUGGAGAAGCGCCCCCUCCUGGGCCGGAUCGACCGAGGCGAGGUGCACUCCAAACAGGGCCUCUCUUUCCACGAGUGGGAGUCUGAAGAAGAAGUUGAGGAUGACGAGUCGGAGGAGGAGAGGAGGAAGGCGGAGCGAGCCAAGAGGAGGGGAGUUAGGACAGCUUCGGAGUCUGAGCGCGAGCGGGAAAGGGAUAAGGUUGUGGGCGUGUACUCGGACGAGGGAUCCUCGGGCGAGUUCGGGAAGUUCGAGAGGUACUGGGAGGGGCAUGAGGGGCGGGCAGUGGGGGGCAUCGGAGGCGGGGGCUGGUUCUUUGGCACGUAUCCUGCCAGAGAGAAGGCUGGCAGCGUCAAUAGCAGAGAUGACCUGUUUCUAGGGCGUGGCGAAGGGUGGGGGACAGGGGAGGGAGGCUGGGGGUCAGCCGGAGGGGGAGGCGAGGCAAGGGGAGAGUGGGCGUCGGGCUCACAGUGGCCCCCGCCCCCGUUGACCCCCCCUCCUCCCCGGAGGUACUGGUCGGUGGACAAGCUUCACGUCCAGGAAGAGAAGAAAGGCAAACGCAAGAGCAAGGACAAAGGGAGGGGCUACGCAGGCUGUUCCUGCCACUCCCCCUUACACCACCCCCACUCUCACUCCAAGUGGGCCCGGGUGACCUCCCGUAGCCAAGAGGAGCUCUAUCAACACUGUCAGAGCUUCGGCAGCAGCAAGUCCAAGCGCCACGCCUCCAAACUGGACCGUGCACAGGACCAGGCCAAGUCGGGGAGCCAGACCAACCUCAGCAUCCAGCGGACGCAGCGGGCCGACCGCUCCCACCAGCCCUCCCCUCCGCAGGCCCUCGUUUCAUCCCUCCCGCCCUCGCUCCCCCCUGCCCUCCCUGCCCCGCCUUCCUCAUCUUCCUCCCAUCCCAUCCACGUCCCUCCGCUGACUUCCUCCUCCUCCGUCUCCUCCCCCUCGGUGGUGUCCUCCACCCCAGGUGCCCCCCAGCCCCCCUCCUCCUCCAUGUCCUCUGCCUCGGCCAAGCUCCAGUACCAGAGACUGCGCUCGGUGCCCCAGCCUCAGAGGUUCCAGUCACCCCACUUGCCACUAAAAGGCAAGAGCAUGUGUUCGCGGAGAGGCUCGGCUCACUUUUCCAGUGUUGAGAGCGAAGUGUGA